AUGGAGGAGAACGAGGACCUAUUUGAUGACUCCGUGAGUGAGCGAAUUAACCAUUCCUCCUCUCAGAGAUCCCUUUCUACUACUGUGUUCAACAUUCUGUGCGGAUUAAAAAACCUCUUUUGUUCUGGCAUGUUUGUAAAGGGAUCGGCGUUUGUCGUAGGUUUCUGGCAUCCCAGCAAAGGACUCCGCGCUAUAAUGGCCGUAAUUCUUUUGCUUGUGGAUAUGUAUUUCGUCAUUGCCAAUUUGUUUACGGCUUUCAUCUGCAGGCGGUCCCAAACGCCCCUGAACGCUUGGCUUUGUGGAAAUACGUCCUCCACAAAUUCAUCAUCUACAAGUUUAGCAGAUAAUUAGGUAAUCAGAUAAUAGGUGGAAUUGAACUGGUUGAUAUUCUGUCAUUGGUUGGAUCAUCUGCUCUACUGAUGUCAAACGCGACAUUCUUUUGGUGUAUGUGGAAAUUACAACAAAGGACAGUUUACUGCGUGACCCUGGAGAAGGCUUUCUCUACAGCAGGGCGUUCUAUUUGGGUCACACUUAAUGUCUCGAUGUUGAUCUUUGGCUUCUUUUUAGUUGUAGAGGUAUUUUGGUUCUAUUUCAAUUUCAAAGAAUCGUCCUAUGGUACUUUUCUAAAUUUGAUGAGCGGUUUACCAGUGUUGGCCAUCCUCACCAGCUCCUGGAUGUUUGUGGUUAUUACCAGCGCAAUGAAACAUUGCGUGAUGCAGUGCCAAGCAGAAAUUAGACAAAACUCUAUUGACUGCAGCUUAGAUGACGUCAUUCGUAUUCAUAAACGUCUUUGCAAACAGAUGUCAAGCACAUCGGAGUCCUUAAAGGUCUGGUUUGUAACUCACUGGUUUAUGCUCGCUAUAACGACUGUCAUUUAUGUUGCAAGCAUGGUAUCUUAUUUUCAGCAAGCCAUAGACUCGUACAUCCUGUACCAGCAUCUCCUCAGAAGUUUUAUACACUUUUAUAUAUUUGUGUACCCUAGCUACUGUGCUGCAUCUGUAAAAACGCAGUGUAAUCGAAUGCUUAGGGAACUUAACAUGACAACAGAUGAAGACUGGCCCACAGAACACCCAUUCUGCAACCGCUUCCAGCUGGCACUCUUCCUACAGUACGCACAGUACACCAACUGUGGCUUUCAAGUUGGGGAGAUUGCUUUUGGUGCUAAUUUCGCAUGGUUUUCAACUCUAAUUGCAAUGUGUGGUUUGGGUGUGAAAGUCUUGUGA